ACACAUAGUCCCCAGGCCAGAAGGAUAUAUAUGUUAGUCUGGAAAUUAUCUUUAUAUCAAGGCUUCACUGCAAUUACAACCAAGAUGUCCCACCAGGAUCCGACGUCAAUCAGCCUCGUCGCCAGCCUCGUCGCCAGCCUCGCCCUAGCAUCACAAACGCGGAAACCAAACUGACGAUUCACUCUACGACCCCAGAUACACUUUCUACCAACAGCUUCUCACCAAAGCAUGCAUCUAGCUCGCUAUGAGUCCGCGCAGCGGUUUCGAAGAAAUCACCGUGAAGCCUCUGGGCCACCAGAGCGGACGUGAUCGUUACCCGAGGAAAUAUGUGGAUGAUAAUGAUAUAGAGAUCCCACGAUGUGCGACGUGGGGUAUGAAUCUUACUGCGCUUUCGCAGGUAUAUAAUAUGUACAUCGUAGCCUACGGCUCCAAAAUCCACAUCUACAAACCCACCGGCCCCCAACAAUUCCUCGCCACCGAACCCCUUCUCAUCCUCGACCUCCCCUCCACCCCCGAAGCCGACGCCCUCCGCGACAAAGACGCCUACAGCACACACAGCAUCAACCAUCUCAUAGUCGGCAACCUCGGCACCCGUGAGAUCAUCCUCUGCGCCUGCGCCGACGGCGACGUCCUCGCAUACUACACCACGCCCGUCUACCGGGCCACGCUCACCACUCCCUCCACGCCUCCGUCCACUCCACCCUCCAGUACCCCUCCACUCACAUCGCCACAACCAGCCUCCUUCUUCCACGAAAACGUCAGCAUCAGCGCCUGGGGCCUCGCAAUCCACUCCCAAUCGCGCCUCCUGGCCGUAAGCUCCAACAAGCAUGAAGUCCAAGUUUUCGCCUUCGCGCUCUCCUCCGCCGCCCCCUCCCCUUCGCGCCCUCAUUCGCCAUCCCUCUGCCGCCCCUUAUCCAACUUCCCCUUGAUCUCGCCACUCCCCCCCUCCCCGCCAUCUCGCUGCGACAAUUUCCGGCUGUGCUUACGGUUGGGGACGCGGGGGGAUAAUAUCCCUUCCAUCGCGUUCACGUCGACGCCGGGGGGAGAGGCGGAUAGUGUCGUCGCCUCGGAUAUUAGGGGGGCGCUGUGGUUUCUCUCGCUUUGGGAUUGGGGCGUGCAGACAAGGAUCCCUACGUCGCCGGGGGGUGUGAAUUGGCGGCGCGAGCCCCAGGGAUGGGGGGUGCUUGUGCUGGAUGACAAGUUUGGGCGCGGCGCGAAGGAGGUGGAAGAGGCGUUUGGAUGUACACCUGGGGACAGGGAGGGGGAAUGGGAUAUCAGUCGCUCGAUUGCGGUGGUCCGUGGUCAGAGAGUUGGGGCGAGGGAGAGUGUGGAUGAUUAUCCAGGGGGGUUUUUUGCGUGGGGGUAUGGGGCGGGAGGGGGGUUGGAUGUGACGGAUGUGGAGGGGGUGGAUUUGGGGCUUUAUUGGGGGGAUUUGUUGGAUGCGGAUGAGAUGGAUGAUGAGGAUUUUGAUGGGGAUGAGGAGAUGGAUGGUGACGAUGAUGACGAGGAAGAAAGCGAAGAUUCCGCAACCAACUCACCCACCUCACCUCUUCCCGUUCCAGUCCCACCGCAUCAUCUCAUACUACAUCUCAACAGACACGCAUUAACACUGUAUCCUCCGACGGGCAGAGCGACAUUCUGUUCCCCUCUACUGCGCCAGGAUUCUUCUCAUGCGUCAGCCCCAUUCGCCCACCCGAUGGAGUUCUACAACCGCUUGAACAUGGCGGUGCCAGUGCACGGGAUUAGUUGCGUCGUGAUCGGGUCGCAGGUCGGAAGGGUGGGUAUUGUGAGGAUAAUGAAAGGGGGCGUUCGAGAAAGCAGAGGGGGUAAGGAGGGAAAUGAAGGAAAGACCAGGAAUGGAGAAAAGAACGGGAAUGGAGGAAAGGACGAGAAUGGGAGAAAGACCGGGAAUGGAGGGAAGAAGGGCGAAAACGGAGGAUCUAUACCCGCAACAACAAUGCGACUCGAAACCAUCCUCCCCCUCGCCUCCCAAGAAGGCCGCAACCGCGAACGCCCUACCACAGGACUACACGGCGUGGCUGUCUCGCCAAUGCCGGAGUGGUUACCUGGGUUGCAGGGCUCACUUGGUGAGGGGGGUAAUGGGGGGAUAGCGCGGAGGAGAAGGGGCGUGAAGAGGUGGCGAGUUAUGAUGCAGUAUUGGGAUUUGAGCGUACUGAGUUAUGUGAUUAGUGAUGAGCGGGCGUUGGGGGCGGAGGGUUUAUGAGAAGGUUGGAGGGGGAGUUUGGGCGCG